AGUAAGCGUAAUCAGUUUCGAAUUUGUAGACACAACAUUUAAAAUGUUUGUAUAAUCACACUGUUGUUGCUGGCUUCGUCAAGCGAGUUUUUGAGUUCUAGACUAAACAAAGCGGCUUUCAAUUAAUUUUGACAGCUCAAAAUGACGAAGUGCGUGAUACUUGCAUUUCUCCUUCUUAAUGUUUGCGCAGGAAUUUUUGGUGCAAAUCUGAAAAUAUCGACAAAACAGGAUUGCAGUUUACCGGCAGUUUUUGAUCCAUCCGCUAAUUUGGAUACAAUUAGUUUGAGAAUACCAACAAAACAGGAACGUGAAGGUGAAUUUGUGUGUCCAAACGCGGAGACUGAUUUUUAUCCUGCAGAUCCCUUCUGCAGUGGGUCCUAUUAUACUUGCGCAAACUCAAUCGCAUAUCCUCAGAACUGUCCUGGUACGCCUGGUGUUACUGCUUUUGAUCCUGAAACCAAAACUUGUGUACCAAUCGAAUGUGCCUUUUGCUACUUCACCUGUCCGGAACCUUCCGGGUUCUUUGCGGUUCCCGGUACCUGCGGCGAUGAUUAUUAUACCUGUGUUGCAAAUCAAUCGGCCCCCACGAAAUGUCCUUCGGGUGCAGUAUUUGAUCCUGUAAACCUAGAUUGCGAACCAGCCGAAGAGGCUUCAUGCCACCAGCCGUUCACUUGUCCGACUUCAGAUGGGGUUUUCCCCUACCCUGAGGUGUGUUCUACUUUUUAUUACCAAUGCACCGGCGGCCAAAGUACAGUACAGUACUGUCCUGGAGGUACAAUUUUCGAUCCGGAAACUUUGGAAUGUGUAUUGAAUGAAAACGCUCCUUGUUCACCUGGAGAAACACCAAUGACAACAACAACCCCCAUAACUUCAACGACAACCCCCAUAUCUUCAACUCCGACUACACCUGAAGGUCCGUUCGUGUGUCCCGCCCAGGGCAACUAUCCUUACCCAGGGAACUGCUCGCUUUACUACAUCUGCACAGCUGCUGGUGUUGAUCCUUUAACUGUUCCGUGCCCUUCUGGACUGGUUUACAAUCCGGACACAACCUUCUGUGAUAAUCCGGAGAAUGUACCCGAGUGCGCCGUCACAGAUUUAUAUUAUGAACUAGUGGAUGAAAACUUUAGUGAUGAUGAUCUCUCAAAGGAUAAGAAAGAUUAUUCGGUCAAUAAGGGAUUCAGCUGCCCAAGCGAUGAUGGCUACUUCCCCAACAAAUUCGUAAGGUCACACUAUUUUGCGUGUGUAGGUGGUUUUCCGUACCCUAUGGUAUGCCCAGGAGUAACGGUUUUUGACCCUAUAAAAUUGUCGUGUGCAACUAUGGGAUAAAAAAGGUGCAUUUAAAUGAGAACGAGACAUAUGACUAGCCAAUGAACGGAACUCAGCAUUUGACCAGAUUGAAAACAGGAAAUAGGAUGAUACUAAAAUUUUUUUCUCUUGUAUAAUUCAAUACAAAAAUCUGAUGUUAACAGCAAA